GACAUCCUCAUUUGUUACCGGGAGCUGCAGCCCAGUCAGUCUCAGCCACCGGAGGACCAAAAGCAGGAGUUUUUUCUGCUCACUCUAACUCUGAUCUGGUAGUUUGUGAACACUGAGUUUUUAUUUAUUUUUGGACUUUCUGCUUUUUUUUUUCUCCAAAAAACAAAGUGAAAGAUUUUGUUCACUGGACGAAAUAAGAUGAUUGAUCGCUAUAACCUGAAAGUCCAGUGUUUGCUCUUUGGAUGUCUGGCUGGUAUUGUUGUGACCUCUGUGAAGGCAGACGGUCGGGUUUUUGUGCUGGACCUGAGGAACUCCUCCGGUGUUCGAGGCUUAAAGGAGGCCGAGCGAGCGUGCGCCCGGCAAAACGCCCGCCUUUCCUCUGUGGAGGAGCUCCGCCAUGCCGUGGACGAGUGCUUCUUCUCCCAGUGCACCCGCGGGUGGCUGUCCGGAGGCGCGGUGGGGACCACUGUGUGUAACAUUGUGGGCAGCUCACUGAAAGCGGUGGAUGUGAGUACAGAAAAAGCUCCGGAGGAUGUUGCACACCUGGAUGCUUUCUGCAUCAAAGACAAAGACAUGCCCUGUGGAGACCCGCCCUCCUUCCCGAACGCGCGUCUGCAGCAGCCCUCCGGGUUGCAGAUGGGGGACGAGCUGCUGUACGGCUGCCUGCCCGGCCACGCCAUGCCGGGGGGGCAGGCGGCCUUCAGCCUGCUGUGCGACAGCUGCGGGGAGUGGUACGGGAGCGUGCAGAUCUGUGCCAAAGAUGAAGCUGAAACCCACAUAGACUAUGAGGACAAGUUUACCCAUUCCUACAGAGACACGGACCCCGAUGGGAGUCCGGAGGAGCCCCGUGAUGAGGUCUACAAGAAGGUGUACGGAGAUGGAUACCAAGAUGAGAGUGCCAGCGAGGAGCAGCAGGAGAAGAGACUCAGUGUCCAAGCGGAGGAGUAUCAGGAGCCGAUUGAAGGCCACGAAGUGGAAGGAGAAGUCAUCGACGUGAGCAGAGCAUUUGAGAGACCGGUAGAAGAAGGAGCAGAAACAGAAGAUCUGACCGGCCAUCCGAGGUGGGACCAGGAGGGCGGAGAGGAGGUGAGGACCGAUGCAGCCGCGGCCACGGAGGAGCCGGUGUCUCUCCUCUCGCAGAAACACCUCUUCUGGUUCCCCUCCGAGGCCUUCCAGGAGGAAGGGCCCCCGGUGUCCGGCGACCCCUUCACACAGACGCCCCAGAGGGCCUCCGGGGCCCAGUCCGAGGAGAGCAAGGAGCAGGAGAGCCAGGAACCACGGCCGGAUCCCGACGAGGACCCGGAGGACCCCGACGAUCACGACGACACGGACGAUCAAGAAGACGGGCGCCAUGACGACCAGGACCUCCACGAAGACGAUCCGGACGACAGUCACCAGGAGGAGGACCAUCAGAGGACCCCGGCCCAGCAGGAUGUGAUCGGGGACCUGGACUCGGAGGAAAACCACAAAAGCCGCGAGGACCGCGAAGAUCGCUACGACCACUACGACAUGGGCGAGCACGAGGACGAACGGGAGGAUAAACACGACGGGGACCGAAGCCACGAGGACCACGGUGACCAUGACGACCACGGCAACCACGACGACCACGACGACCACGGCGACCACGACGACCACGACGACCACGAUGGAGACCAUCUGGACGGUUCUGAGGAGCAUCCGGACCCCGACGACGAGCAUUACGAGCCGCAUGAAGACGAGGAGGAAGAGGAGGAUGAGGACCCCUACGUUUACCACGACCAUCACCAUGACGACAGGAGCUACGAAGACCACGACAGCCACGAGGAGGACGCCCCCCCGCCGCCAUUGGUCGUCCGUCCGGCCGCCGCCGCCGGGGGGGCGGGGCAGAACGUCACCCAGAGGGCGUCGGGGGGGACGGUUGCCAAGGGCGACAGCUGGCUGGACGGCCACCCGGUGGAUCUGGAGGACGAAAACGGCGAAUCCACCACGAAGGAAAACACCCCGGUGGACAGAGAGGCCACGGACAGACCCAACGAGGUGGAGCACCGGUCUCCCACGGCAACGCCGGAGGGGGGGGCGGGCUCCACCGGGGCCUCCCCAGACCCCCCGGGGCCCUCAGACCCCCCCUCCUACCCCGACACCCUGGAUUACGACACCCAGCAGGGCGCCCCCACCCAGCCCUGGCUGGACGGCCUUACCGAGCCCCCCCCGCUGAAUCAUGGCGGCGGCCCCCCCGUCCGGCGGUUGCCCGGGGAGACGGGGGAGCGGGGCGAGCCGGAGGGGGAGACGGGGGAGGCCGUCUGCGUGGGGGAGGGCUGCCCCCCCCACCCCCCCAGCCCCUCCGGCCGAGGCCCAAUGGUGGCGGCCAUCAUCGUGGCGGUGUGCGCGGUCGCCACGGCGGCCGUCGUCGGGGUGUGGUGUUACCGGCGGAAACAGCUGAAGAGCUCCAUGUACGAGAUGAACGGGAAGAGCCAGAGCAGGCAGGGCCAGCAGAUAGAGAUGCAGCAGAAGGUUUAG